ACAUGGCGGCUUGCAUGAACAAGUGCCUUACUUGCUACGGAACGUUUUGAAAUAUCUGCGAUGGAUGAUGACAUUCAUAAAUCUGGUCUUUAUAAAUGGAAAAGGCAACCCCCAAAGUCCUCUUCAAGAGUAUAUUCUCGCUCACAGAACUGCAAAACCCAAGAUGAUAUUCAGGAUUGGAUAAAAAAAGUGGAACAAGCCUCAGACAAAGCAACAGAGGCUGUCUUUGGGCUGAACCAUUACUCUGGAAGGGAGAGAGGGAAGUAUGCAGCCCUGCAAACAAGACAACAAGUGCAAGAGCAUGAUUCAGCUCUGUCAGAAGCUCAAGACCUCCUUAGCAACUGGAUGCAAGAGAAACUUCAUGUGGAUGAUGAUGGUGAUGAAGAUGACCCUUGGCAUCAGAGGGCAGUGCAGGCAGAGGUCAAGAGGGAAUGGGAUCAUCUCCUUGACAACAGUGUCAAUGACUGGCAGCUGGAUGUCACACCAAGGUCAAAGAUCAAAAUACCAAAUAGAGACCCCUACUCCACCCUAAACUACUCUGAUGACGAGGAUGCUGUUGGGAUGAUACUGAGCAACAUGAUGCAGAAGCCGGUGGUGAGGGAGGAGUUCCUCAACGACCUUGGCCUUGGGGAGGAGGAGCAGAGGAAGAAGCACGAUCCUCGGAUAAAGAUGGAACUCCGACACAAACAGGUGAAGGAAAACCGGGAAAAGAGAGAGCGUGAUUUGGAGAAGAAGCGGAGAGAACAGCAGGAAAAGAAGGAUUCAUUCCAUAAGGCCAAGCAGAUGGUUAUACAGGAGGAGCGAGAUCGGGACCUGAAAGUGAGGCGAGAGGAGCAGGAACUGAAGAAGGAGAUGGCUCGCAUCAGGAAGGAGAUGCUGGAGGAGAGACAUAAACAGCAGGAGCUGAGAGACAGAGAGCGGCGAGCCCGUGAGGAGCUGGCCCAGGAGGCGAGGGAGGAGCUGGCCAGACAGACGGAGCAGGAGCGAUGCCAGCACCAGCAGCAUCAGCAGGCCAAGGAGGCGUGGCAACGGACGAUGUACGACAGACUCCACAAGUUCCAGAUUAAACAGUCUAGUAAAAACCUUAAGUGCCUGCAGCGCCACUUCUCAGCCUGGUACAAGGUUGUGCUGGACCGCCGCCUGCAGACCGGGAAGGCAAGGGCGCUGGCAGACUGGAAGCUGCUGCUCCGAGCCUGGAAUGCCUGGAGGUCCUACUCCCGUACUCGGCGCCUGGAUGUAGAGACGAGGCAAUACCAACAGACAGUGCUGGAUAUGCAUAGGAAGCAGCAAUUGGCAGAGCAGCAUCACCACCUCACCUUACUGCACCGCUAUCUGACAGUGUGGCAGACCUAUGUGCGGGCAGAGCAGGACCGACGCCAUCUUCUGGCAGAGCAGAAGAACACACGGAGCAAGAUGAUGGAGCUGCUGGACGCUGCGGCAACUGGCAGGUUGUGGAGUGAGAGAGAGGCGGAGGACAGCAGGAGGAAUGAAGGGGAUACUGAGAGAAAGAAGAAAGGGGACAGAAUUCCAAAAUCAGAAAUGGUGGUGGAGGAUCUGGAAGACUUCUUCCAACAACCGACCAGAGACCAUCAAGGUCCCACACAAUCCGGUCCAGUAUCAACCAGGAGUGACUCUUCACUGGCCAGUAACAAGUCUCGCCCAAACAGGAUCCCCACCCAAGCAUGGCAGGUAACACGACGUCAUGUCAACCUGACAGAUGAAGAGAUUGCAUGUCUUGCUGGUGGAGACAUGGAACAGAACUCCCAACAUAGUGACACAAAAAUAAGACGUCGGUUUGGCAAACAGCCAUGGAUGAAUACACAUUAUGUUGUAAAUAAUUUUGAAAAUCGAUACACAUCUCAACAAAAGAUGUUGCAUAAUCAACAUAAGCAGAUAAAGGAACAACGUCGCAUGAUUGAAGAGUUGCAGUUCAAUCAGAAACAACAGUUGCAUCAAGAAGAAGUUGCCAGGCAACAACUUAUACAACAGCAUCUUGCUAAGCAGGGGUUAUCUCCCUUGUCUGACCAGCAGCAGGGCACAGAACCACAGUUAAUGAAUAAUCUGACUAAUGUCAGUCAACCACAGACUCAGUUUGUGUCGCAACAGCGGAAUAAUGUUUCUAAGGAGAAGGAUACAAAUAUUGUCAUGGAAACUGCCAGAACUGAUUCUACAGGACACAGCGCUGUGACUGCCAGAACUGGUGUGAGCAGCCUCCCCACUGAUCGGACGUCAACCUCUGGCUCAACGGCAAAGUCCAGCACCAAGUAUCUACAAGUGCUGAAAAACAUGGAGGACCGGGCAGAGGAGAGGAAGAGGCUGAAGGCAGACAGAGAUGCCAGGAGGAAGAAGGAGGAAGAGGAGAGACUGGUGCUGCUGGAGGCCCAGGAGGAGGAGAUGAAGAAGCAGGCUGAAGAGGAGAAGAAGGCACGUGCUGCAGCCUUCAGGGAGAAGAAGAGGCUCGAGAAGCAGCGUGAGAUGGAGAAGCAGCACCAGACAGAGAGGAUGAGAGAGCUGACACAGCAGGCAGAGGCUCACUACACUCGGUCCAUCAUGAAGUACCGCGGCAUCAGGCCGCUCCAGAAGUUGGUGCUCAUCGCCCAAGCACACCAGCAGCAGGCCAUCUCACACCACAGGGAACACCUCAUGAGGAAGGUGGUGGUGUCAUGGUGGGGACACACAGCGGCAGUGAUGGAUGAAAAGAAUCAGCUGGCAGAUGAGAUGAACAGCUUCCUUGCUGUCAAGCGAUGCUUCACUCGAUGGAAAAUGUACAAGCACCGCCUGGUAAUAGAGAUGGAGAAGGCCAGGAGGUUCCGGGAGGGGAGGUUGCUGCACACCAUCAUGGACACCUGGGCUGACUAUGCCACGGAGGAGAAGUUUGCCACCUGGGAGAGGGAGCGAGUAGCUAAAGAACAUUACAUCUGGAACCUGAAGAAAAGAAUGUUUAAGGUGUGGACCAGUCUGCCGGAGGAGAGUCGGAAGGAAGUAGAGAGAGAGAAGAGAAGAAAUGAGAUGAGGAAGAAAGUGGCUCAUCUUCUUCCUGACUUCGAGGGUCUGUUGAAGGCAAGCAGUGAGCUCCAGUGAUGCGGCCACAGGAUGUUUCUCUCCUGCAGACAGUGGAGGCAGUGUGCUGACCUCGAGGGUCUGUUGAAGGCAAGCAGUGAGCUCCAGUGAUGUGGCCACAGAUGUUUCUCUCCUGCAGACAGUGGAGGCAGUGUGCUGACCUCGAGGGUCUGUUGAAGGCAAGCAGUGAGCUCCAGUGAUGUGGCCACAGAUGUUUCUCUCCUGCAGACAGUGGAGGCAGUGUGCUGACCUCGAGGGUCUGUUGAAGGCAAGCAGUGAGCUCCAGUGAUGCGGCCACAGGAUGUUUCUCUCCUGCAGACAGUGGAGGCAGUGUGCUGACCUCGAGGGUCUGUUGAAGGCAAGCAGUGAGCUCCAGUGAUGUGGCCACAGAUGUUUCUCUCCUGCAGACAGUGGAGGACAGUGUGGACACUAUGCUUCCUUUAUAAGUGCGGAAUAUAUCGUGAUUUUCCUUUUUUUUACAUAUUUUAGACUUUUUUUAAUUGUAUAUUUUUGGUGUUUAUUCAUUGUUAUCCAUGUUUGCUUCUUUAGGAAAAGUCCCACUGCACCAUUGAUACUGAGUCUAAUGGAACAGUAUUGAGCAGUGGGUCAGACAAGUUUCCUCAGGAGACUCGUGUCAUGCUGUGGUAAAACUGGUCUGAAGGAAGAUCAGCUUAUGAAUAGACUCACUUGAAAUCUGUGAAAGGAAAUGGUUUUCAAAAGUGGAUAAAAUCAUGAAAAUAAUCUAUUACCCUUUGUUGUCUCUUUCAAAUGCGCUGUUUCUUUAAUAUUUUGGAUGUACUGUAUGCAUAUAGUUAUUUUACAGAAAAUUAAAACACAUUUUGAGGA